AUGGAAAUUCAUGAAGACAAUGUUAUUGAUCAGAUUAUAAAAAGUGGGAGUAAAGCUGUGCUUUUAGGUGAUGACACAUGGUCUCGUUUGAUGCCGGGAAGAUGGUUCAGAUCACAUGCAUUAUACUCAUUUCACACUUGGGAUCUAGAUACUGUAGACAAUGAAGUAGAUACCAAGAUUUAUGAUGAAAUCAAGAAAGAUGAUUGGGAUUUACUUGUUGCACACUACCUUGGUGUAGACCAUGCGGGGCAUAGGUAUGGUCCUAAUCACCCUGAAAUGACUAGGAAGUUGCAAGAGGUUAAUACAAGAUUACAGAAAAUAAUUGAAAUCUUGCCACAUAAUGUGUUACUUUAUGUUGUUGGUGACCACGGUAUGACUGAAUCAGGUGACCAUGGCGGUGAAAGUAAGGCAGAACGUUCAGCAGCCAUGUUUGUUUAUAGUAAUUCGCAACUUGGCGAAGAUGGAGGCCAAAUGUCAGUUGGUGGGGAAGUGCAACAAACUGAUCUGGCUCCAACAUUAAGUGCGGCCUUGGGACGCCCACCACCUGCACCUUCUCUAGGAAAUCUUAUGUUUUCAGUAUUGCCUAAAAUGUCUACAUCAAUGACAUUGUUGCAUCUUAGCAAUAAUUUAAAGCAGGUCACUAAGUAUCUUGUCCGAUAUGGGGAGGAAUCACAGCAGGUAUCCCUAGACAAAUUGGCACAUCUCAUUAAUGAAACUCGGGAACAAAUUGAAAAAGCUGCUAAUAUUGAAGCUGAGCAAGAUUUAAAGGAUUACAUUUCCGAUGUUAAAGACUUAAUGGAGAGCAUACGAAUUGUCUUUAGAGAAGUAUGGGUAGAGUUUGAUUCGUUGUCAAUGCUAAGAGCCCUCCUAUUGCUGUUACUGGCUAUUUUCUUCAACUGGUUAAUCACCGAGGGUGUCCCUUUUGAGCGAAUAUGCUCCAUAUUUGCCAGUAGCUUUGUUCCAAGUGGUUUAACAUCUGUGGCAGUCUGUAUCGGCGUGUGCUACAACGCAUUCUACUUCCGCUACCUCGAUGAUCUUGAGCAUUCCAUAAUUUUAAGCACCGGUCUAAUAUCCGGCGCUAUUACCUGCUUAUUAAUAAUCAUGCACUGGGACGGCAUAACGCAGCGGUGGUACGAAGGGAGGUCGCACUUCUACGAGAGGUUCUCCAGGGCCGCUUUAGUGGCUUCAGCCGUGGUGUUAGUUUCGAACAGUUUCGUCAUCGAGGAGGGUGCAAGUCUCGCUUUCUUGUCGCUCUCCGUGGUGGCCGUUAUGGCUUGGAGCGUGGGCACGGCCAAGGCGGCGGCGCUUUGGCUGUCCUGCGGGAUGGUGUUGGCUGCGACGAGACCGUAUCGCGGCUGCAGGGAGGAGCAAGGUGACUGUUGGACUGCUGGGGAGGGUGCGCCGACUGGACAGGCCUCGAGGGCGGCCUUGGUGCUGGCAUUAGGGUCUGUGGCCGCAACGGUGGCUAUCGCGCGACGUCACGCCGGAUGGCGUGGUUACGGUGUCGCCAUAUCCGGCAUACUGGUAUGCGCCCACUGGGCCGUCGGAUGGGGUUCCCUGGGAUCGCCGAUCCAGUCUAAGCUGCUGGCGAAAUUGGCGUGGCUCGUCCUCGGAGUUAUGUUCGCGCUGCUCUGGAAGAGGGAACGGCACGGUCCAACGCUACCGCUAAUGAUGCUUGCUCUAAUCAUAUAUCUGGCCAACGCCCUCGUGUUGGGAGCCAGUUACGCGCCAGCGGCAGCCUUGUCCCUACUGGCUGGUUUUAUAACACUUAACAUCGUCUCCUUGCUAAAGACUAAUGGAUCGUCUAAAUAUUCAUUAACAGCGCGAUGUAACUCGAGUAUUGCAUGUGUAUGGGCACUUCUUGCCUCGUACUGUUUCUACGGUACGGGACACCACGCGACAUUGGGACAUAUCCGUUGGGCACCGGUUUUCCACGCCGGAGAUCCAAAUUACAUAUCUUUCGGGCCGGCUAUUACUGUAAUUCUGGUAUCGCUCCAUCUCUUUGGCAUGCCUUUUAUGUUCGGAGCGACAGUACCGUUGCUUGCGUUAUGGGGCCGGAGUGGAGUUUCAACACUGGGACCACGUACGCAAAUGGCUGCCAUUUUCUCCUUAUGCCUUAAAUAUGCGCUUUGCUUCGCUGUCAGGGUGUUCCUUUGUGCGCUAUCCGCCACGAUUCACUGUCGACAUCUUAUGAUAUGGGGCGUCUUUACACCGAAGCUGCUAUUCGAAUGCGGUGCCUGUGCGGCGGCGUUCUUAGGCACAAUAACUGGCGCUGCACUCACGGCCUGGCAUAUGCCUGCGCAGCAACGCAAUAGU